AUGGCUGCGCUGAAGAACGCAUCACUCCUGCGCUGGAAGGUGUUUGCUUUUCCGGUUGCGGUAACCGCCUUGAUGGCGUGUACCGUCAAUGGGGUUCAAACAACUCAGGUCCAAGUAGCGACACCAGAUCUGGGCACUUGUGAUGCGGCCGAGAAAAGCGUAGCGAUUACCGUUGACGCGGGUAAAAAGAAGGCCCAGUUUGUCUGUGACAAGGCAGUGCCACACGUGUGGCCGAAGAAGGAUGAGAAUGAUGUUCUCCUUUACUUCAGGGGCAGGGACCUCAAGGAAACAUCUGGUCUGGAGGACCUUUUCGGAGUCGACUCCAAGCUCACGGUCCAAAAGAUCACCAAGGCAAAUGAGGCCUCUCCGGUGACAGCGACUCUCUCCAUCGGAGCCCUUCCUACCAUGCAGCAGAUCAUUUAUUUCGCUUGCGGGGCAACUGAAUAUAAGAACAUCCAACAACCCGGGGAGGCAACUGUGGAUAUUUCUGGAGGAAGGAGCGACAGGGCACCGGGUGCUGUCGAGGAAGAGGCAACUCCAGGGCGACGCGAUCGACGAGACAUGCCGGUUGCUGUUGCUGGGCGCGAAUCCUCUGCGUUCAGCUCGGGCACUAAAGCGGCCAGCCCUGAAAACCGUGAAGUUAAAGCCAUGCAGGCGAGCGCGGGAAACCCUUCGCAGUCGAAUAAGGACAUAUGUCUUGUCACAGUCACCGUCCCGGCCGACCCAAGUGCCCCAACGUGCACCCUGGCAAAGAAAAGCAUGGAGGUCGACAUUACCAGUGAAGCCAAGAGUACCACGUUCUCGUGCGACUCGACCAUUCCUUCCCUCUCGCCUGAAACGAGCUCAGGAAAUAUAUUUGAUGAGUCAUGUGCGAAGCCAGUCAAGUUGGCGGAAGCACUUCCAACUGCCAAGCUGGAGCCUGCGGGAUCAGGCUAUACUUUUAGUGUGGUGGAGCUGCCUUCGGCUCCUACCACGCUGUGCUACAAGUGCUCCACUAGCCCGGAGAAGGAGAGAGGUGGCGCCGACGAGUCAUGCACAGUCAAGAUCAAGGUUGCAGCCGGUCUGUCCUCUUUAGCGGGACUGACGCACCUGCAACCAGUUCUCGCGGUAGGGUCCCUUCUCGUGAUUGGGAGUGUCGUUUUCUUUUGA